CGCAGACCCAUUCUAACCCUAAUUUCCUAAAGAGAAAAAAUUGGCGAUUUCUCCGUCGAAAACAAUGGAAAACGAAGAUCACGACGGUCCUUGGUCUUUUCCCAAAAAACCGGUUCGUGCUCGCAACCUUGUUGCUCCGGAUCCGGCUCGAGAUCCGGCUCUGAAUAAGGAUAUAACAAAAGCGGUGACGGUUUUUAUAGACAUGGAUACUACACAACUACCGGAUGAUCAUGGGAGAUUGAAUGACCUAAGGAACCAAAUUGAAAACGCCUUGAAAACAUGCGACCCAACCUUACAUGUUUCUUAUCAAAUUUAUUGUUAUGGAAUUGACAAUGAAUAUAAUAAAAGUUGUCGUACGUUUUUGAAGACUCGUGGGUACGAAUUCAAGUUGAAUCCGAGUAGAGGUUCAUAUUGUGGUAAACCAGCUUGCGUAAAACGAUAUCCAAAGAAAGAUUUGACGGAGUUAAUCAUGACUCAAUCAGUUCUUUUACAUGCCUUCGAUUCCCUUCUUCAGUCACAUUCUUCUCGCCAUAUACUCCUCGUGUCGGGAGAUGGUAAUAGUGGCUCGUUGCGCAAGGGUUUGACAAAAAGAAAUUUCAUCACAUAUGCCGCUGUUUGUGGUGAUUCUAAGUUGAGCCUUUUUAUAGAUAUGAAUCACACCUGGUAUUGGUCUAGGAUGGUCGAAGGAGGUCUCUCCAUCCAAAGAGAGAUAGAUCAGGAGGAGGCAGAAGGCUAGAGAGGAGGAGGCAGGAGUAGGCGAGGAGAAGGAAGAUAUAACUAACAUGAGAUCUCAUUGAUUAUGUAAUUAAAGUCUAGAUUGUUUUAAAUAAUCUCAUACAAAUCGUACUUCAUUUCUUACCAGUAGAAUGAAAGAAUCAGCAUGAUUGGAACAAAAUGAAACUUUGCUUUAAAGAAA